UGAGUCCUCCUUGCACUGCUCCGGCGUCCCUGCUGUUGCCACAAGUUCCCGCCGUUCUCUACGCUCUCUUUUCCUUAUCCGCAGCCUAGCUUAGCCCAGCCCGGCUACGCGGCUUCCCUCAGACGGCUUCAUGGCGUACAGUCAGGGAGGCGGCAAGAAGAAAGUCUGUUACUACUAUGAUGGUGAUAUAGGAAACUAUUAUUAUGGGCAAGGACACCCCAUGAAGCCUCACAGGAUUCGUAUGACACAUAACUUAUUGCUAAAUUAUGGUUUAUACAGGAAAAUGGAAAUUUAUCGGCCCCACAAAGCUACAGCAGAAGAAAUGACCAAAUACCACAGUGAUGAAUACAUUAAAUUUCUUCGCUCAAUAAGACCUGACAACAUGUCUGAAUAUAGCAAACAGAUGCAAAGAUUUAAUGUUGGGGAAGACUGUCCUGUGUUUGAUGGAUUGUUUGAAUUCUGCCAGCUGUCCACAGGAGGCUCUGUGGCUGGAGCAGUAAAACUGAACCGGCAGCAGACAGACAUGGCUGUUAAUUGGGCUGGAGGACUUCAUCAUGCUAAGAAGUCCGAGGCAUCUGGUUUCUGUUACGUCAAUGAUAUUGUGCUUGCCAUUCUUGAAUUACUGAAAUACCACCAAAGAGUACUGUAUAUUGAUAUUGAUAUCCAUCAUGGUGAUGGAGUUGAAGAAGCAUUUUAUACAACAGAUCGUGUUAUGACAGUAUCAUUCCAUAAAUAUGGUGAAUAUUUCCCUGGUACAGGAGAUUUGAGGGACAUCGGUGCUGGAAAAGGCAAAUACUAUGCUGUCAACUUUCCAAUGAGAGAUGGAAUAGAUGAUGAGUCAUAUGGACAGAUAUUUAAGCCCAUUAUAUCCAAAGUGAUGGAGAUGUACCAGCCUAGUGCUGUGGUAUUACAAUGUGGGGCAGAUUCACUGUCUGGUGACAGACUGGGAUGUUUUAAUCUUACCGUUAAAGGCCAUGCUAAAUGUGUGGAAGUUGUGAAGACUUUCAACUUGCCUCUUCUGAUGCUUGGAGGAGGCGGAUAUACCAUCCGUAAUGUUGCUCGCUGUUGGACUUAUGAGACCGCUGUUGCCUUAGAUUGUGAAAUUCCUAAUGAAUUGCCAUACAAUGACUACUUUGAGUAUUUUGGGCCGGAUUUCAAGCUGCAUAUAAGUCCAUCAAAUAUGACAAACCAGAACACUCCAGAAUAUAUGGAAAAGAUUAAGCAACGUUUAUUUGAGAACUUGCGCAUGUUGCCCCAUGCUCCUGGUGUACAGAUGCAAGCUAUUCCUGAAGAUGCGGUUCAUGAAGACAGUGGUGAUGAAGAUGGUGAAGACCCAGAUAAACGCAUUUCUAUUCGAGCAUCUGAUAAACGGAUAGCCUGUGAUGAAGAGUUUUCUGACUCUGAAGAUGAAGGAGAAGGAGGGCGAAGAAAUAUUGCUGAUCAUAAAAAAGGAGCAAAGAAAGCCCGAUUAGAAGAAGAGAAAAAAGAGACAGAUGACAAAAAAGCAGAUAUUAAAGAGGAAGAUAAAUCCAAGGACAGCAGUGGUGAAAAGGCAGACACCAAAGGAGCAAAGUCAGAACAGCUCAACAAUCCUUGAAUGAAAAGCCUCGCACCAGUUAAAGGACACAAUAUUAAAGUGGAAAAAAAUUCUGAAAGAAACCUUUCAUAUGGGAAGAGACUGUUGAUUUCAUUUUUUACUAUUUGGCAUGGAGCAUAUUUAUUUUCAAACAACUGUGUUUGGUUUUUUGGCAGUUGUAUCGUGAGUUUUCUAAUUAUGAUGCAAAAUUUGUUCCUUCCACCAGGCUUUAAGUAAUAGUAUUUAAAAUGGAUGUGAGUUAUUAUGUUAAGCGU